CAAAUCUUCAGCCCAAACCCAAUUUCUCCAUAUUUCCUAUUUAUACCUUUCUUCUCAAUUAAUCAAUCACUUUUUUCAACUUCACAAAUCUCCAAAUUCCCCCAAAAAAUCCCCAUAAUUUCAAAUCCCUAAUUUUACAAAUUCACAAAAUCAUCAAUCAAUGGCAUUAGAAUGGGUAGUACUCGGCUACGCUGCAGGUGCAGAAGCAAUCAUGCUCCUUCUCUUAACUAUUCCGGGUCUUAACCCGCUUCGUAACGGGUUAAUCACUGUGACCCGGAAUCUACUCAAACCGUUUCUCUCAAUUAUCCCCUUUUGUCUCUUUUUACUUAUGGAUAUUUACUGGAAGUACGAGACCCGACCCGUUUGUGAAUCGCCCGAAUCUUGUUCCCCAUCGGAGCAUCUACGUCAUCAGAAAUCGAUCAUGAAAUCUCAGCGUAACGCGCUGUUGAUCGCUUGUGCGAUUGUGUUUUACUGGCUGUUGUAUUCGGUUACUGGACUGGUUGUGAAAGUGGAGCAGUUGAACAAGCGCGUGGAGAAAUUGAAGCAGCAGGAUUGAGGAAUUGGAAGAUUUUGGAUCGGGUCGGGUCGGAUUGACCCGGUUUUUCUGGCAUUCGUAUGGUAUGGAUGUUUAGUGAACUGGGUCUUUUUAAUCUUUAAUUAAUAAUGUUGUAUGAGUUUUUCGUGAACUGAUUAAUGAAUUAGCUUGUGUUGCUUUUCGGGUUUUCGGAUAAUUUAUAUUAGUUAACAUUUGUUUUGAUGUGAUUUUGAACUGCUGGAUGCUGGAGUUUGAUCGUAUUGAAGGAUAUGUUAAAUUUUGUUACUUUCA